GAAGCCCUGGGAAGGAGAAGAGAGAAGAAGAGCUUUAGAAUAAAGCUCCUUUAGUAACCAUCCUGUUCUAUGUAAGUCUGUUGCCUUUGUAAAGCAUACGAGGAUGACAUUGUAGACCUGUUCAUCGAGGACCUGGUCUUCCUUAGGUAAUGCUUUUCUUGCUGACAUAACCACUUUCCGGUUGAAUCUCAGCCCAAGUACAACGUUUGCUCCUGGAGGGGGAUUAAUUGUCGGAAUCCCGGAUGGACGCAACCAGAGACGCGCUUUAAAAUCUUCUACAAAUUGUCUUCCUCCCUUGCUCGGAGGUUCAUGGUUCUCAGGUUGAUGGGAAGGCGCACAGGACAUGGCUGCAUGGAAAAUGCAUCUUUCUUCUUCUUAGGAGUUCAUGCCUUUGCCCUGCGGUAGCUCCUGUGCCGUUCGGAACCCAGAAAGGUAUUUAAUGUUAUUUGCCGGUUUCUUCUUAUGGUCUACGGAGUGAGUAAGGUGACUGCUCAACCACAGCUACUGUUCUGGACUUGGCAAACCUACUUAUAUUUCGUGAAGUAGAAAUUCUUAACCGUGUGUCUGUCUGUAACCUCUGCCUUAAGGAAAGCGUUUCCUCUUCCUUCAGCCUGCUGUGUGCAAAUAGGUUGUAGAAACUUUCUUCUCCUGGAACAGCUUUAAAAUGGGAAAGCAAGUAGAAAGACAGGAUGGAGGCAAGCUGCAAGCAGCCAUAUAUGAUCAGACCAAAGGCACUCUGACUCUAGCAGUGUCCAGAAGGGAGAUGUAUAUGAAAAGAGUAUGUGUAGCAUUGUGCUUUCCUGCUGCUGCUUCUCACCACCUGGGCCAUCCUGCCCAACAUCUGCCAAAGCCCUUUUCCCUGGGGACGUGUCUAACCCUGUAGAUCUAUUAAAAUCGGUGGUGUACAGUCUUCUCUGCUGUACCUUUUACGAGUAAAUGCUGCAUUUUGUUUUGAACUUACUGUCUAUUCACUUAAUUCGAUGCUGCUACUUUUUUUACUUAUGACAGAGUGGGAAAUAACCUCUCCAUUUUGUACCACUCAUUUUCUGGACAUCUCUUUUUGGACAUCUCCUGUGUCCUUUUGGUCCUUUUAGCCCCUUCCCCCAUGCCUUUAUUUUUUCCCUCUCUGAAAGGAUCUUGCUUCAUCUGUCUGUGUUUUGGAUGCAGGCUAUUCCUUACCUCUGGUUACAUUUACCAUCUUUCUGGGCAGGUAGUUGGACCAUUAUAUUCUUAAGGUCUUUCAUGUUUCAAAUUCACUGAUGCUCUGAAAGUAACGGGUUGUACUCACUUCUGAUUAAGAAAAAUACACUGUUAGAGCUGAGCUCUCAUUUUGGGUUGGGUCUGACUCAUUCAUUAUUCGUGUAUCACAGAAUCAUAGGGGUUGGAUGGGGCCACUGGAGACCAUCUUGCCCAGCUUCCUGCUAAAGCAGGUUGCACAGGAAAGCUUCCAGGUGGGUUUUGAGCAUCUCCAGAGAAGGAGACUCCACCGCCUCUCUGGGCAACCUGUGCCAGUGCUGUUGCCCUCACUGUAAAGAAGUUUUCUCCCAUUCUUAUGUAGCUUCCCGUGUUCCAAAUUGUGCCCGUUGCACCUUGUCUGUAUACCACUGUUCUGGGUCUUAAACUGAACAUGCUGACUCCCACAUGUGGAUGCAUCAGGGGUUCUAAAAUAGCAUCGAUAACGUGCUCUGUUAUGAGGAAACAAAUCAAGAGCAUAACUUCCCUGCUUACAUCAAGACUUUCUUCCUACGUGGUAACAACUAUAACUGUGCAUAUCACACAACAGUUGUAUUUUCCUCAUGUGUGAUACUUUGCACUUACUGCCAUGCUGCUUCAGCACCCAUCCACUCUGCUUUGUGAAGCACUCCUCCAACUUAGCACAGACAACUUUUUUUUUGGACGAUAUCAGGGUAGUUUUCUACCUGUGGGCAGCCUUUUCACUCCUUACCUAGGCUUCUUUGCGUUCACCCAAGACUGUGCUCAAUGGCAGGUGUUCCAGGACAACCAAGACUGUGUUCAAUGGCAGAUGUUCCAUGACAGAUGAAAGAGCUCUCGUGCAUACUUGCAAUGGUGAAAAAUAAAUCCCAAACCUGAAAGUAGCCAAAAUCCACAUAAAUUGUAUUCUUUAUUUUCUAUAUCUUACCUAGUUAUAGACUGAGAUUGACCUGCCUUCUUGACUCGUGACAAUGUAGAGCCUGUGGUGACAAAUCUUGGUGAACCUUUUGAAAAUUGAAGUAUCUGUGUUGAUCAGAUUACCUUUAUCUCUACUCGUGUACUCCACAGAAGGUCUCUCUACAUACCUCUCUGUAAAGGCCAAGCUGUCUCUUCACCUCUGGAUUAUUUUUACUGACCUAGUAGUGUUUUGAGUGACUGAAAAACAAGCCCUUGGUCUUCUGUAAUGUUUCUGAGCAGCUGUUUUUGAAUAGUUGUUUGGGUUUUUUUUCCUUAUAAGGAGCCCUCCUUUGUACUGAACUUGAGUAUCCAGUGGAAGAGCCAGAUUGCUAAACUAUACCAUAGGAGUAGAAUGUUUUACCCCACUGUUGUGUCUACAUUUUUACUUCAUCCUUUUAUCUUUUUCACCCCUCACCUCUGACGUUUCUCCCAGGAUCCCUUGAGGGAGGAGAAGUUCAUUCAUCCACAGUUACCUACCUGUCCAUUGGCCAUGAGCUGCCCCGAGUCUCAGAAGACAGGGAAGAAUGCUGAUUCCUCUCCAAAACAAGUUAUCUUCAAGAAAAGCACCCGUGACAAAGCUGUAAGUACCAUUAUAAUGGUAUAAAUUGGUAUGAGUUUCACUCAUAGGCAAGAUGAAGACUUAAUACAAACCUCUUUCCUGUCCUCUUUCAUUUUUCUGAAGAAGGACUGUGAUCCAUAUUUAGUGCGAAGUGUGAGCAGACAAUGUAAACAAAGCUCAUAUGGGACAGCUUGUCGCAGUCUUGCAUAAAAGGCAACUCCCCUCUCAUUCUUCCAGGUUGUAGCCCUGCUGGUAAAUGCUUGGAACAAAGCUGAUUCACUGUUUGAUAGUGAAUCUGAUGGCAUCAGAAAUAUUUAGAUCCAUAGUUCUGUCCCAUCUGUGAGUACUUGUGUCCUACUUCUUGGAGCUGUUCCACAUUAGGUCCUCUCUUCUCUUAUCCCAAAGCACAUGGAUAGUCCUUCUGAGCCUGGUGUGGAUUGUUUGGUGGGGAGAAAAAAAACCCAUGCUUAAAAUGGGAUUGCUCUGUUCUCUAUGGAAUUUGCAGCUCUGUACUACAUCCUCCCACCCCCCAGGCACACAACCACCAACACUUUGUAGUUCAACCGUGGUCAUCUUUUCCCUACAGCUGACCAUCUACCUGGGAAAGCGUGACUUCAUUGACAACAUAGGGAGUGUAGAGCCUGUAGAUGGUGUUGUCUUGGUGGAUCCUGCAAUGAUCAAGGGGAAAAAAGUGUACGUGACUCUGACCUGUGCUUUCCGGUAUGGCCAGGAGGACAUUGAUGUGAUUGGCCUCACCUUCCGGAGAGACCUGUUCUUCUCUAGAGUCCAGGUGUACCCACCUGAGAACAGGCCAGAAUCUCUCUCCCACUUGCAGGAAUCUCUGCUAAAGAAGCUGGGGAAAAAUGCUUACCCCUUUUACUUUACAUUCCCAGAUUACCUGCCUUGUUCGGUCUGUUUGCAGCCUUCACCUCGUGAUGUUGAUAAGAGCUGUGGGGUGGACUUCGAGGUGAAAGCUUUUUCAACAGAGAAUUUGGAAGAGAGAAUUCAUAAGAGGAACUCCGCGCGGCUGUUGAUCCGUAAAGUGCAGUUUGCUCCAGAAGAACCAGGACCCCAACCUUGCGCAGAGACCACGUGGCAGUUCUUCAUGUCCAACAAGCCAUUGCACCUGAAAGCUUGCCUCAGUAAAGAGGUGUAUUACCAUGGUGAGCCCAUUCCAGUCACUGUCAUGGUCACCAACAGCACAGAGAAAACAGUGAAGAAGAUCAAAGUUCAGGUGGAGCAGGUUGCCAACGUGGUUCUGUACUCCAGUGACUUCUACACAAAAGUGGUAGCUGCUGAGGAAGCACCGGAAAAGGUGCAGCCAAACAGCAGCCUGACAACAACACUGACAGUUUUGCCCUUGCUAGCAAACAACCGGCAGACGCGGGAAAUAGCCCUGGAUGGCAAGCUGAAGGAUGAGGAUACCAACUUGGCUUCUAGCACCAUUAUUAAGGAUGGAAUAGACAAGACAGUGAUGGGGAUUCUGGUUUCCUACAAGGUCAGAGUGAAGCUCACUGUUUCAGGCUUGCUGGGAGACUUCACCUCCAGUGAAGUGAGCACAGAGCUGCCAUUUCGUCUCAUGCACCCCAAACCUGAGGAAAAGAACCCAGCAGGCCGUUCUGUGAUUCUGUGAAGUGAGUGUGGAGAACCCCAGUGUCCGAACAGGUAAACUUCUGGAGAACAUGACUCAGUUUUUGGGCCAAACAUGGACACGUGCAGUUUGCUGCACUGCGCCUUCACAGCACAUUGACCCUUUUUAUUUGUCUGUAUGAGCAUUCAUCCCUGAGUAAAAAGCAGGUCUGUCGGAAAGCAUGGCCACUGCUGUUUGCUCGCUCUUCCUUUCGCACCUGGAAGAGACAGAAAUGGAACUGCUUGCUGCCUUUCUUUUUCCAUGUCUAUUUAUGGCUGUCUUGUCUUGGACUUCUCGUCGGACAGUGUCUGUAUGUUUCAUGUGUGCUGGUUGUGCAACUGUUUUUGGAUCCAUGUGGUUCCCAGGCGGUUAUUUUUAGGCAAGGCAGCUCCUGUCACAUUGGUUGGCAGUCAGUCUUUUCUGCCCAUUGACAAAAAUGGAUGGAGAGCUGUUUCUUUUAAAGACGGAGUCCAACUGGGCUGUAUCUCUUGGUGCUUCCCAGGCCUUUCUCAGUCAGCAGCUCGCCCAGAAGCUCCUGCUGGGAUUUUCACAAGGCUGUGCUCAGUGUGAGUUCUUUGCUCUGGGGUUUUCCUGCUCUUGUCCUGAUGUUUUACAUUUCGUGGGCCUACGACUUGGACACUGACCUUUAUUUUGGCUAGUGUUCAACAAAUGGUCAUUUAUCUGCUCCCUUGUUAAGCUUGCAUGAAAGGAUUGCUUUCAAGAAGCCCAUAAAUAUUGUGUCCCUUUAACCCUACGCUCACCCUGCAUUGGUAUUGUAACUUGCAGAAAUUAGUGAAUUUUCAAAGGGCUUGCAUGCCUUAAAAUGUUACACAGCUGCUUCUUUUUUUUUUUUCCCCAUCAUGAAGUUAAAAGAGGUUAAAAGCAAACUUAUAAUGAAAAUUACUAUAUGUCACAACUUUAAUUACAUGGAGUCAUUUCUGUGGCUGCAUAAUAAGGGCUUGUAGAAAACCCUCUGCAGAGAGUUUGGUGAUGUUCUGGAGCCUCAUCUGUCCUCAAACACAGUCCCCUCCCAUCCUGACCCUCAAAACAAUUACUGGGAUGCCAGUUGGAAAUAGGUUGGCUUUUUCCUUAUUUUUAGGUUCCCGUGACUUUUUCAGUGUUAUAAUGCUAAAUAAGCCAUGGGACAGCAGGAUAACAAUGAGGGGAGGGCCUGACUCCUGUUGGGGUGCUGAUGUAGGCAAGCCAAUGGGAUGUAAUGUAGCAGCCUGAAGAUAAAACGCAUUGAAAGAUUUACGUAUUUGAAUGUAGUCUUACACCUAAGCUAUGCAACAUUGCUAUGCUGCUACAAUAUCUGUGUAUCGAUUCAGUAAGUAUCAGACAACAAAGUAUAUGCCUAACCCAAAAAAUUCCUCCCCCCCCAGCCCAUUCUGUAGAAUCAGCUUCAAACCACACUGCUGAAGAUCUCUCGCUUUGCCCACGUCUCUGAUGUCACUGUUCCCAUAGUAAUGAGUGUACUUCGGAGAGGGGAAAGAGAACAGACUAUUUAAAGAAUAAAAAUGGGAGGAAAAUAAAAUGAGAGCGAUGCUUUGGGUUGGAAACUCUAAAGAAACUUUGCAACCUCUAAAUAUUUCAUUUUAAAUCUGUUUCAGUCAAGUAGGAUUGCCCUGAGACUGUCCAGACUUCAUCCUGGCCUUUGUGAGCAGAGGAAGCUGUCCUUUCACACCAUGGACACACAUCAGGGGUGCUCUUAUGCGAUCCAUCAUUUGAAGCAUUUUGGCUGCAGUGCCCCACUUGGCACACUUUUAAUGCUGGCUUUUCCAGCAGCGUUAACCACAGCUUGUUGCCUUUGAUUUCAGUGUGUGCUGUGGGUGGGAGUUGUCCAGGUCAUCCAGUCACUGAAGCAUCACCCAUCCCUGAUGACUUCUGUAGAACGCUGGCCUUACAGCACUGUGCUUUCUCACAUAAAUUCAUAAGAAAUAAGCGAGUGAUGCAAUGGUUACUUGAUAAAAUGAAUGUAAAAGCAAAACAAUCCAUUUUCCCACCUCUUCCCUGCAACAUAGUCUGUUUUGCUUACUUUAGGCUGUGCUGAAUACACCUUCCAAGGAAUCCUGCUAGCAAGCUGCAAUGCUGCUAUCACUGCUGUGUGGUCGGCAAAGAUCCUAUCAAAGGAACACAAGCACCAAAGGUUUAUAUUUAGGCAGGGAUGAAAUCAGGAGUGUUGCCUCUGCUGAGAGGCUGCUUCUUUAAUUCUGAUUUCAGUAGCUCUGUGUGUACUGAAUGAGAACACCUCCUCACCGGCUGACUACUUAAAUCGCAGUGACAGACCAAUGAAGACUGACACAUGAGCACUGUCAUCAGAGUAGGAGUGUGUGCACAGAUGUUUCUCACAGCUGUGGCUGCUAGCGAGCAUAAAUGGGAAAAAUCUGUUUGUUUCUCAGCCCUUCUGAGGUCUUGGGUGACAUUGCUGGAGUGCUUUCACAUCUGAGAGAUCAAGUUCUGCUUCGGCAGGUGCAUGCACACGUGUUCAGACUGUUGGUGUUCUUGUAUUGCUGCAAGUCCUGAUGCUUUAUAAAGUUUUGCUAUUUUUAACAUCCGCUGUUCUAACUGCUGGUGUCUCUCUUUUCCUCCUUUACUGCAUGCUGAUGACUGCAGGGAAGGAUGGGUAAGUUUCUUUGGUAUUUCACAUUCUAGCUGCUGCUCCACAUUGCCUCUUUGAAAGCUCCUCAGAAAAGGAGGAAAAUCCACAGCGUUCACAGAGCAUGAACUUAAAAAGAGAGUAAGCUGCUGUGGCUUGACAAAUUGCCACUGUCAGUUGAGCAGUAAGGACUGACCAUGUGAAAGCAGUUUGAAAUCAUACUUUGCCUAACAGUUGGAAAGAAAGAGAUGGUCAGCUGAUGCUCUGUAGCUCUGUAGUUUCAGGAACUCAGUGAGUUCAACCACGUGCCCUUUUUUUAAGUGCAGAAGGAUGAAAGGUUUCACAUUUUAUCUCAAUACAAAGACCCUUUCAAGCAACAAACUAUUCAGCUAGCUGAUAUGUAGAUAUUUAGCUGGAAAGAGCGUGAUUCAUUGGAGAUGAAAACCUCCUCAGUUUGUUUCCUGACUUGUUCAGUCAAUUCCUUUUCAUACUAUCUAGAAUAGCACCAGUGCAGACAGUGUCUGUGGGGAUGUGAUACAAAUCCCUUUGAAGACAAAAGAAAUAUCACCAGAGACUGCUCCAGGCUUCUCUUCUUCUUCCAAUUUGCUGCUUUUCAGUCUGCUGGUAUAAAAAAUGGCUGACCUCAUUUUGAAAGACCUGUGCUUCUUCCCUUUCAGUGAUGCAGAGAUGGUAUUUGAGGAGUUUGCUCGCCAACAGCUAAAAGAUACGGGUGAUGAAGAAGAAAACAAGAAUGUUUCCUCAACUGAUGAGUGAUGAAAAGAAUGAGCUGAUGGAGAAGCUACGUAGCCUGGCACCAAUUUGUAGUUUAGGACCUAGGUUUUUAGUAAACUGUGUUCUUGGUGCAUGUGCUGUCAGGGAUCAGUAGACAUAAAAUCAUACAUCUCUUUUACUUGCUAAAAGUUUCCACUCGAACAUAGCAAACUCCAGACCUGCUGCUUACUCUACCUGCCAGAGGAGGGCAGGAAGGCUGCAACGUCUGCUUCAGAGCUACCUAUUCAGGUAGUUGGUUACUUUUACCAUUGAUGAAAGCUUAAAUGAGGAUUUGUGCAGCCUGCCUGUGCUCAGCUGGGGUGGAGGAGUCUCUGUCUUUUUCACUAGUGAACUGAGUCCUAGUUUGAAUGGCUGGCUUGCUGCCUUUGACUUGGAAGUUCCUCAGUGGGCUAUAUGAAAUUGGUUUUGUUUCCUUUUGUUUGCUUUUGCAUUUCUGCUUUAUCAAACUCAUCUAGGUAAUAUUUUCAGUGCUUGCACUGACCCUGUGUAUGACUUACAUUCGCCUUCUCUACCAUUAAAUGUCUUGCAAGUCAUCUUUCACGGUAGUUGUAUUGAAUUCGUUCAUGUAGCUCCCUAUGUGCAAUGCUAACCAGAGAGCUGCUAGUCCAGGUUAAUCUCAUCUAAUCUAGUUUUCUUUGUGUGGCAGUGCUUCAAAAGAGGGUGCAGUGAAAUUAAGGAAGAAGCCAUGGGGCAAACUGCCCCUAGAAACCCGCAUUGCUCUGCCAGAGAUCAGCUUCUACUCUAAGAAAUGAGAACACAGUCUGCAAACACGGAUCUCCCUUGUUGAGCUGAAUGUUCUCGUUAUCCAUGCAGAUGCAUCGGGUCCUUUUCUGAGUCUCGCAUAGGCUCUGGCUGAAACGAGUUGCAGCAGCUAGUUACAUUUUGCGUGUCACAGGGCUGCUGUUACCCUUCUCUCAUUUUUGCUCUGUUUUGCACUGUUUCUGGAUUAAAAUUCUCCUGAAAAGCC